ACGGGGAACGGAGGCGAGCGGGGGGGGGGCGUUCUAGGUUCUGGUCCGGACAACAAUGAAGCAGCAGCCGGCGGUGGCGGCUAUGACAACGAGCCCCAAUGGCGCUGGCACCGCAGUCCCGGCCUUCCUCAGCAAACUCUGGGCGCUGGUGGGCGACGCGCCGAGCAACCAGCUCAUUACCUGGAGCCAGAAUGGCCAGAGUUUCCUUGUGUUGGAUGAACAAAGGUUUGCAAAAGAGAUUCUUCCAAAGUACUUCAAGCACAACAACAUGGCAAGCUUUGUGAGACAACUGAAUAUGUAUGGUUUCCGUAAGGUAGUUCAUGUAGACUCUGGUAUCGUCAAAUCAGAGCGGGAUGGCCCUGUUGAGUUUCAGCACCCUUAUUUUAAGCAAGGACGGGAAGAUUUAUUAGAACACAUUAAAAGAAAGGUUUCUUCUUCAAGACCAGAAGAAAACAAAAUUCGUCAGGAAGACCUAUCUAAAAUCAUAAGUAGUGCUCAGAAAGUUCAGAUUAAACAAGAGACUAUUGAAUCUAGACUCUCUGCUUUGAAAAGAGAAAAUGAAUCUCUUUGGCGUGAAGUAGCAGAACUGAGAGCAAAACAUUUGCAGCAGCAGCAAGUUAUUCGAAAGAUUGUACAGUUCAUUGUUAGCCUUGUUCAGAAUAACCAGCUUGUAAGUUUGAAACGCAAGCGCCCAUUGCUUCUGAAUACCAAUGGGGCUCCAAAGUCCAACUUGUUCCAGCACAUAGUCAAAGAACCUGCAGAAAACAAACAUCCCGUACCACUCAACAGGACUGAUGGCCUAAAACAAAGAGAGCAGUUGUCAGAUGAUAUAAUUAUUUAUGAUAUCACUGAUGAUGUGGUAGAUGAAGAAAAGGCUCCAGUUACCCCAGAAACCAGUGAGGACAUGACUUCAGAUUCAAACUGUAGCCAUUCCCCUGAUAUUGUAAUUGUAGAAGAUGAUGAUGAAGAUGACUACGGGCCUAUAAUUCAAGAAAAUGCAAGUACUGCAUCAUUAACAGUUCCAUCCAGUGAUUCUGUCAGUUCUUCCACUGACGGUUCAAGCCCAUUAAUGUCCAGUGCUGUUCAGUUGAACAGUCAGUCAGCUUUAACUGCAGAAGACCCAGUCUCAAUGAUGGAUUCCAUACUCAGUGAAAAUGGUGUGAUUUCACAGAAUAUCAAUCUUCUUGGAAAGGUUGAGCUUCUCGACUACCUCGAGAGCAUUGAUUGCAGUUUAGAGGAUUUCCAGGCUAUGCUCUCAGGUCGACAGUUCAGCAUAGACCCAGAUCUUCUAGUAGAUCUCUUUUCAAGUUCUGUGCAGAUGAAUCCUACAGGUCAUAUCAGUAGUACAAAAUUGGAAACAAAGGGAAUUGAAACCAUGAAGACAAAUGGCACUCACCCGGCUGAUGAAGAUGUGCCAGAUUCUAAUCCUAAAUCAGAUAAGCAGCUCAUUCAGUAUACUGCCUUUCCCCUUCUUGCAUUCCUUGAUGGAAAUCCCAGUUCAGCAGUUGAGAGUGCAAAUUCAGCAUCUGAAGGGAUGUCUUCUGUAGAUAAACCAUUAGAAGUAGAUGAAUUCCUGGAAAGCAGUCUUGAUCCUCAGCCAACUCAAAGCAAACUUGUCCGUCUGGAACCACUGACAGAGGCAGAAGCCAGUGAAGCUACGCUAUUUUAUCUGUGUGAACUUGCACCUGUGCCAAUGGACACUGAUAUGCCGCUAUUGAGCAACUAACAUAAGAGAUGACCACAAAGUAUUUAUUUAGAUCUUUCAUAAAUUAACAUUUUCUGAGAGCGUACAAUGUGGAACCUAAAACAGCUGAUUCUGUCACUUUUCCACAAGUUCAGUCACAGCAGUUUAAGCGUUUAUACAAACAUGCAGUUUGUUUACAUUAGUACACUUCUAUUUGGAACUAUAUGUAUUCAGAAUAUACUGGAUGAUCAGAUAUGCUCAAAUAACUUGUUACAGUUCUCUUGUUUGCUUUUGGUCCUAAUGUAUGACUCAAGUAAUUCAUUAGUGUACUGUGGGGGAAGGGGUGGUAUAGCACUCCUGAUUUUACUCUUCUGUACUUUGUUUUUCUAUUUUUACAACUUUGUUUAAAUAAAACUGUUAAGGGGCCAGAAUACUCUAUGGUGUGUCAUUGACACAUCUUCAGUUCUGCUUCCAUGAAGCUAUAUAUCCACUAAUCAGUAUUAAUUCUGCUGUUGGAUCUUUCUCUUGUUCCCUUUUCACCAGUAGUCUUUUUCCCACUCAGGGGAAGUAUAUGUCUGGGGGUAUAGGACCUAAGCUGGAUUAGUUUAAAAGAAUAGAAAGUUGAUGAAGGAAGGAGGACAGAUCCUCAGUCCUUAGCUCAUGGAUCACUGAAGCAACCCAAAAUCACCGCUUUGCUUUAGCCCUUGCCAGUAUGGCCAAUUGGCCAUGCUGGCAGGGGCUGAUGGGUUUUGUAGUCCAUGAACAUCUGGAGAGCCACAGGUUGCAGACCCCUGGUCCCCGUGCUGCACCUUUCAAGAAUUUGUCUAUUUCAGUCCCAAGUUAGUAAUUUCUGUAGGUCUUCAUUGAUGCAUUUUAAAAACCUAAUCUCAUGCUUGAUUUAAGCAAGAAAGAAAAAAGUUACUGGAUCAUGGUACUUUUCAUUACAAUGUUAAUAGACUUUCUGCCUUUGCACCUCUCCAUGUUCUUAGGCAUGUGGGUAGCAGCUACAGUUUGAGAGAAUAAGAACAGGAGCUUCAUAUUCUAAACUGCCUUAUGCCUACUUGGACUUGUAUGGCUUGUUUAACAUACCUAGAAUGGGGCACAGUAAUAUUGAAUAAAAAGACACUGUACCCUG